AUAUAGCUGAUUUAGCUUCUUUUUUUUUUUGCUAAGCUUUGGUAAUAUGUGAUCUCAGUGUAUAUGUGAUUGAGGUUAACCUAAAUUGUCUAUGUUCAUCUGCUAUGUUCAUCUGAUCCAGGAGCUGAUUUUUAAGUUACUAAUCCUCUAGAUUCGUGUUGCUCUUGCUCUGUAGCUGUCUUCAGGUUGAAUAUGAUAUGAGGAUAAUUGGUUAUCGUCAGCUCUUAGAUGUAUUCUGGUCUAGUCAUGAUUCUAGACAAGUGUUUGGACAAGGUCCUGAUGUGGGUAAUCAAUACAUGUAAAAGAGGAAGUAAAAAGCUCCACACACUAGCUGUUUGGUAAACUUGAUUUUGAUUGGCAUAAAUAAAUCUAAAGCAUUGGAAUCUUUUUGAAUAGAUCGUGUAUUUUCACUAAUUCUACUGAAGAGUUGAGACUGAUCCUUUCUUCAUCAAAGCUUCCAUGUCUGAUCCAGAAGUGAUAACAUGACUACUGCUAGAAGGAUCGGCUCUAGGAAGAAGUAUAGUAGUGAUGCUGUAAGAGAUGCUUCUGAAAGACUUGGAAAAAGAACUAGAAGAUAUGUGGCAGCGGAUAGCGAGGAUGAUUCAACAGCUUGUCAAAAGCUUGGUUCGAUUAAAGUAGAGAAAAUGAGUGAAGAGGAUGAUGAAACUGCAAGCAAAUCACUGAAGAAAAGGGAGAUUCUUUAUGAUUUUGAGGUUAACAUGAUUGGAAAUACUGCAGGGAAGAAGAGUAUGAUCGAUGGUGAGCAACGUAAUGAGACGCAAUGAGAAGUUGUGCAGAGAAGUUAAGAAGGAAGAAGAACUUGAUGAAAUAUUGAAAAAGAGAAAGCUUGCAGUAAAGGAGAUAGAACUGAAGCUUGAGUCACGAAUUGCUGA